AGAAUGAUUCAGAUAUUUUAAUUUUUCGUUAUACUUUGAUAAAAUACAAAUUGAUAAAUUAUAAACGAUGGCUAACUCAAUUUGGUUUAAGUUAGGUACCUUACGUCAUGCACCGGUGGCGUUUCUACAACCGUAUCGUACAACUACGACUAAACAUUUCAAUCCAAAAUAUAAAAAAGAAAGAGCAGCUAAAUAUUUGAAGAUAGAUCUGCCAAACCUUAAUGAAGAUGCUGGAGAUUUGAGUCCUGAAAAAAUGCGUCAGAAAAUGAAGGAAAGAGGAAUGUUACCACCGAGACCAUGGAUUGAGCGCCCAUUUUAUAUUUCUGCUACUGGUGGUAUAUUUGAGGCAUACAUCCCCCCAGAGGGAGAUGGUAAAGCAUCAAUUGUAUCUGCAACACGAGCAAAACAAACUGUACAACUACUUGAAAAGAAGUCCAGAUCAAUGAUGGCAAUACGUAAGAUAAAAUCAUUUGAAGAAGAUUUUUCUACAAAUGAUUUCUGCAGCCAAGCGCAGAAUAUUUACAUCAAAGCACAUGAAAGUCUCGCUAACCAUGACAAAGCUUCCCUGCAGUUGUAUGUUACGGAGAAAGCAUACCCUGAGUUCAGACAUAACACUUGGGAUAAGACCAUACAUUGGAAGUUCUUGGAGUCUCUGGAGCCCCCACGUGUAGUGCAUGCUCGAUGCACUGAUAUUAUUAGUAAGGAGAACAUAUUUGGUCAGGUAACAGUUCGUUUCCACACACGUCAGCAACUAGCUGUAUACGAUCGCUUUGGUCGUCUCCUCCACGGUAGUGAGAUCCUCGCUAAAGAUGUCCUAGAAUACAUAGUAUUUGAGAAACACCUUGCUAACAUGUACGGAACAUGGCGAAUUCACGCCAAGAUUAUACCAGACUGGGCACCUCCCAAAGACCCUUCGAAGUUAACUAAAAUCAGACCGGAACCGGAAGCAGAACCGGAGCCAGAACCAACCAAGUUGUUAGACAAAUCUGAGGAAACCCCAGCGAUAGCUGAUAAAUAAAUUGUAAUAAGAAAUUAAAUUAGUUUAAAAG